AUGUCUGAUGACGACAGUUUCACAAUUUCAACGGUGCCUCGUUUUGCUUCAUUUAAACAUGCUUUUGAUGGCGACAAUUCUGCUAUUGAGGAAACUUUAGGGGAUCGAUUCUUCGAUUCGCAUGGAACUCUAAACUCACCCCAAAGUGAAAAGCAAGCAGAGGGAGAUCGGUUUCUCAAUAUAAUGAAAGCACAGGUCUCAGAAAACGUUUUUGAGUUGGAUCGCUUAGCAAUGUUCCGUUCAUCAGCAGCGUAUUCGCGUAUUUCAGGGCGGUCCGCUGCAACUCCUCAUCGAGGGUAUCAGCGAUCAGUACAUCCGGCGCCGUCAAUUAACGAGCAUUCUAAUGUAUCUGUUCCAACUUCUAAAAUUUUUGCCAAUUUCAAACAACAGCGCUCUGUCGACCAUAAAAAACUUGCAAAAAAAAGUUCUGCAGCCCAGAUUCCACUGAAGCCAAACGCGAAACAUGACCGUUUAGUGGAUAAAAUGUUGAAACACACAGUUUCUGCUGAAAUGAAGCAAGAUAUGAAGUUGACAAAAAAGCAACUGGGAAGCAAAGUUGGAGCAAUGAAUAAUGGUUCAAAAUGCGCAAGCAAUGUUAUUCGUCCCAAUAGUGGUUCGUCGCUCGCAAAAACGCAAAAAUUUUGUUGCGGACGAAUAUCUUUAAAUGCACCUGUAGCCGUUCGUCCACUUGUUAAAAAUGAUACUAAAGUUGUAGAGAAAAGAAAUAAAGUAAGUAUAGGUCGUUCGUCAUCAGUUCAGCGGCAGAUUACUAGAACGUCUGGAACACUUCGCACGAUUUUCAGUGAUCUGAAAUCGGUGCAAAAUGAAACUAAAAGAGUACCAGAUGUUAUUGAUACUGUGAAAAUUUCCAAAUCUGAUCGCCAUUGCAAUCAACCCAAGAGAAUAAAUUCUGAACCGUCUACCGACAAAGUCAAGGUAGCAAAGAACAGAAAUGUAUCAAGUUCGCAUACACUUGCUCAAAAGCCAUCUCAUGUUGUUACCUGUGCUCACGAGAAGUUUGAUACUUCAAAAGCUCCUGUUCCGAAAAAUAAAGGUAUUACAGAGUUUGCACCAUGUCUAAGAAGUCGCGCAUCAAUAAAAGUAAUGUUUUUCGUUGAAAAAAAAAAUGAACGAACAGAAGUAGCUUGUCCAGGGAAAGUUCCGUUUAUCGACCAACAGGACAAGGCAAGAGACACAAGUAAAGCUGCUGCACCAGCACGACCUCGACGAACGAAAGCUGAAAUAGAUGCAUUUUUCAGACGUCUAAGUCAACCGAACACCAGUUUCAUUUUUCUGCCUGUGCUGCAUUACUUAUGGGAUGCAUAUUUUCCUGUCCUUUCAAUUUUAGCCGCUGCUUGUGCUAAGAUUUAA